GAUUGGUGUAAAUAAAGUACGUGUCUUCAUAUAUGCAUAUGCUUACAUAUAUGGAAUAGUGUCCGGAAGUGAAUUGUGUAAAUCAAUAACGGACUUGUGUUUAAGUUCUGCACGAAAUAGGCUUAAAAUAUUGUUCUGUUAUGCUGACGACCCAGUAAAUAUUUUGAAACGAAAAAGUGCCGCAAAUUAUGCCACAACCAAGGUCGAAUUUCAACAAUAGUGUUCAAACUGUUGACAAUCCAAUUUGUGAUGAUGUUAAUGACACUGUGAUGGCUAAUGACAUGCAUUUGCGAAAUACAAUGGUUACUCUAAAUUCCUACAGGUUCACUACGCAGCUGCGGCAUUCAUUGUUGAUGGUGUUUAUUUUGCUAACCAGUUUGAAUGCCAAACAAUUUGCACAAUCUUCUAAUUUGUUUAAACGUAAUACACGGCCCAGUAUAGAAUGUUUGAAAAAUGAUCGUUUCUAUCGUGAUCCGCAUCGACCGGUACAUAAGAUUUGGACCAACACUGAAUGUUCAAGGUACUUCCUUUGUUUAGAUGGUGACGUUUUUGAAUUCAAAUGCUCGGAGGGGUUAUUAUUUGAUGUUGUCAGACAAAUUUGUGAUUUUAAGCAGAAUGUGGAUAACUGUGAUAUUACUGCAGAAAAACAAAUCCCAAAACCACUAUUGGAAAAAGGUGGAUGCAAAGACAAAACACAUUUAAGUUGCGCAGACGGCACUUGUCUACCAAGCGAAUAUUUUUGUGAUGGAUCCGUUGAUUGUCCAGAUGAAUCCGAUGAGGGUUGGUGCGAUAUGGAUAAUGACCCCAAUGCUGCUAUUUCAUGUGACAUGCGUAAAUGCCAUUUACCCGACUGUUUCUGCUCUAAAGAUGGUACACAAAUACCAGGACAAUUAAGCCCAAAUAUGGUCCCACAAAUGAUAACGUUAACGUUUGACGAUGCAGUGAAUUUUGAAAACUUCGAUUUAUAUACAAAACUUGUGUUUAAUCCAAAUAACCGUAAUCCAAAUGGCUGCUCAAUUAAAGGCACAUUUUUUGUCUCACAUCAGUAUACAAAUUACCAAUUUGUGCAGAAACUAUGGAACGACGGUCACGAAAUUUCUGUACACUCUGUAACACACCGCGGACCGGAGAUGUGGUGGACAAAAAAUGCUACUAUUGAGGACUGGUUUGAUGAAAUGGUUGGUCAAGCAAACAUUCUAAAUCGUUUUGCGAAUAUACGAAUGGAAGAUAUUAGAGGCAUGCGUGUACCAUUUCUUCGUAUUGGCUGGAAUAGACAAUUUUUAAUGAUGAAAGAGUUUGGUUUUGUUUACGAUGCUUCGAUGGUGGCCCCUUUUAGUAAUCCCCCACUUUGGCCUUAUACCCUGGACUUUAAAAUGCCUCAUAGGUGUACAGGCAUCAAUCAGAAUUGCCCGUCUAGAAGUUAUCCAGGCAUUUGGGAGAUUGUGAUAAAUCAGUUAGAAGUAGGCGACUUCACAUGUGGUAUGAUAGAUAGUUGCCCAUCUCAAUUGAAUGGCGACGAUGUGUAUCGCAUGCUAAGCCAUAAUUUUAAACGACAUUAUUUGUCGAACCGUGCUCCACUCGGAAUAUAUUUCCACGCAACAUGGUUUAAUAAUAAUAAUUACUUGGAGGCAUUUUUGCGUUUUAUGGAUGACAUGCAACAGCUAACGGACGUAUAUUUUGUCACACAACAGCAAGUUAUCCAAUGGAUGCGACGACCAACAAUUACUUCAAACUUAAAUACAUUUGAGCCAUGGGGUUGUAAACCACGUCAGUGGGAAUCUAAGGAAGUAGUUUGCAGUAUCCCAAAUACUUGUAAACUACGAAGUCGCGUCUUGCAGCAAGAUAGAUAUUUAUAUACUUGUAACGAAUGCCCAAUACAAUAUCCUUGGAUACGCAAUGAAUUUGGUUUAGAUUAGUAUAUCUUAUUGUUAUAUUAUUUACCGUAUUUUUAUACCAUAUAAAUAUUAAAUUAAAUAUGAA